AGCGAGUUGAGGGAUUGACACAAAUGGUCAGGCGGCGGCGGCGGAGAAGGAGGCGGAGGCGCAGGGGGGAGCCGAGGCCGCUGGGCUGCGGAGAGUUGCGCGCGGCUCGGGGCCCAGGCCACUAGCGCGGCGUCGCCAGCCGGGAGCCAGGGAGCCGAGGGCCAGCAGAGGCGGGACGCGACCCCGGCGCGCCCGAGCCAGCCGGGCUCUCCCCGCGCCCCACGCUUCAUGAACCGCAAGUUUCCGCGGCGGCGGUGGCGGCUGCGGGACGCGGAGCGGGAGCCGGGGGUGCGGGCCGAGCGCGGCGCGGGCUCGACGGAGGGCACCGGCCGGGACCGAGUCUCCCGGGACGCAGUGGGCGCCGCCGCCAGCCGAACUGCGCCGAGAAAGGAGCCGAGAAAGUAUGGCUGAGGAGGAGGCGCCUAAGAAGUCCCGGGCUGCUCUUGCCGCCGCGGGCGUGAGCCGGGAACUUUGUGCAGCCGGGGCGCUCUGGGCCGGGCCGGCCGAGGCGGGGAGCGGGGACGCAGGCGGCCGCCGGCGCCGUUGCCUCCACCCCGGGCGCCUGGCGCGCCGGCUGCUGCUGCUGUUUUGGCUGCUGGAGGCUCCGCUGCUGCUGGGGGUGCGAGCGCAGGCGGCGGGCCAGGGGCCCGGGCCGGGACAGCAGCCCCCGGCGGCGCCUCCGCCGCCUCCACCACCACCGCCGCCCCAGCCGCAGCAGGGCGGGCAGCAGUACAACGGAGAACGGGGCAUCUCCAUCCCGGACCACGGCUACUGCCAGCCCAUCUCCAUCCCGCUGUGCACGGACAUCGCCUACAACCAGACCAUCAUGCCCAACCUGCUGGGCCACACGAACCAGGAGGACGCGGGCCUGGAGGUGCACCAGUUCUACCCGCUGGUGAAGGUGCAGUGCUCGGCCGAGCUCAAGUUCUUCCUGUGCUCCAUGUACGCGCCCGUGUGUACCGUGCUGGAGCAGGCGCUGCCUCCCUGCCGCUCCCUGUGCGAGCGCGCGCGCCAGGGCUGCGAGGCGCUCAUGAACAAGUUCGGCUUCCAGUGGCCGGAAACACUCAAGUGCGAGAAGUUCCCAGUGCACGGCGCCGGCGAGCUGUGCGUGGGCCAGAACACGUCGGACAAGGGCACACCGACGCCCUCGCUGCUGCCUGAGUUCUGGACCAGCAACCCCCAGCACGGCGGCGGCGGGCACCGCGGAGGCGGCUUCGGCGGGGGCGCCGGCGCGGCGGAGCGGGGCAAGUUCUCCUGCCCCCGCGCGCUCAAGGUGCCUGCGUAUCUCAACUACCAUUUCCUGGGGGAGAAGGACUGCGGAGCGCCAUGCGAGCCCACCAAGGUGUACGGGCUCAUGUACUUCGGGCCCGAGGAGCUGCGCUUCUCACGCACCUGGAUCGGCAUCUGGUCGGUUCUGUGCUGUGCCUCCACGCUCUUCACGGUGCUCACGUACCUGGUGGACAUGCGACGCUUCAGCUACCCGGAGCGGCCCAUCAUCUUCCUGUCGGGCUGCUACACAGCCGUGGCCGUGGCCUACAUAGCCGGCUUCCUGCUGGAAGAUCGCGUGGUGUGCAAUGACAAGUUUGCCGAGGAUGGGGCGCGCACCGUGGCGCAGGGCACCAAGAAGGAAGGCUGCACCAUCCUCUUCAUGAUGCUCUACUUCUUCAGCAUGGCCAGUUCCAUCUGGUGGGUGAUCCUCUCACUCACCUGGUUCCUGGCUGCUGGCAUGAAGUGGGGCCACGAAGCCAUCGAGGCCAACUCCCAGUACUUCCACCUGGCCGCCUGGGCCGUGCCGGCUGUCAAGACCAUCACCAUCCUGGCGCUGGGCCAGGUGGAUGGUGACGUGCUGAGCGGCGUGUGCUUCGUGGGCCUCAACAACGUGGACGCCCUGCGGGGCUUCGUGCUGGCGCCGCUCUUCGUCUACCUGUUCAUCGGCACGUCCUUCCUGCUGGCCGGCUUCGUGUCGCUCUUCCGCAUCCGCACCAUCAUGAAGCACGACGGGACCAAGACCGAGAAGCUGGAGAAGCUCAUGGUGCGCAUCGGCGUGUUCUCCGUGCUCUACACAGUGCCCGCCACCAUCGUCAUCGCCUGCUACUUCUACGAGCAGGCCUUCCGAGACCAGUGGGAGCGCAGCUGGGUGGCCCAGAGCUGCAAGAGCUACGCCAUCCCCUGCCCGCACCUGCAGGCGGGCGGGGCUGCACCACCGCACCCGCCCAUGAGCCCCGACUUCACGGUCUUCAUGAUCAAGUACCUGAUGACUCUCAUCGUGGGCAUCACGUCGGGCUUCUGGAUCUGGUCCGGCAAGACCCUCAACUCCUGGAGGAAGUUUUAUACUCGGCUCACCAACAGCAAGCAGGGGGAGACCACGGUGUGAGGCUUGCAGGGCGGGGCGGGAUUGGGGGCCUUGCGACUGGAGCCUGUUUUCUCCCUGGAGGGCAGUGAGGGGGUCCGCGGGGGCGCCUCGGUCCACCGAGCCCCUGUGGGGGACAUGGUCCCUGGUGGUGGCAGUGGACUCCAGGAGCCAGACUGCAGGGGUAGAGUGAGGGAGGGAGACUGGACCGACACUCCGGUACCGGAACUGGGUACGCUUUUACGACUGUAAAUAGCCAGUGUAAGAUUUUUGUAAGUAUAUUUGUAUUUAAAUGAUGACCAAUCCCACGGUUCUUGUUUUGUUUUGUUUUUAAGUUCAGUGAUCUAGGGUGGUCGAACCAUGGCAGGCUUUUCCUUCUCGGGGUAGCGUAGAGGGCACAGCCCGGCGCACGCCCGUGCGUCCCUGCUGGGGCUGCAAGCCUCCUCACUUCCCGUCUUCUCCUCUGCUCCCUCCCUCCCUCUCCUGGCUGGUGGUAGGGGCCCAGCCCAGCAGGUGCCCAACUGCACGGGGAGCUUCCAGACCUGGGGUGGGCUCGUGCUCCUCCCAAAUCCAGCUGCAAACUGCAGGAAGUCGCAUUUUGGAGACCAUUCCUUCAGCUCCGCGGGAGCCCAAGGGCGUGGGUGCUAGCGGUCCCAGCCCCUAGACACCCACGCCCAGGCACUCCUCCCUGCUUCAACCUGCAGUGGGUCAGAGGAGGAAACUCGACGCCAAACUUUUUGUCAGUCUGAUGGUUGGUGGAUGAGCUCAUUCCCUUCUCUGUGGGGCUAAAACCUGGUGUGGGUUUGGCCGGCGUCAUGGAAAGAUGUGGUUAGGGAGAUAUGGGCAGCUGAGGCGGCAGUAUGGGUUGGGAGCCACUGGGGAUGGGACUGCAGAAUGCGCGCUCUAAUUGCGCUGGGAUGCCUGGCAGGCCUCCUGUAGGCAUGGCACAGCCUUUGUGUGCAGAUUUCACCCCGUGUGAAGGAACCAGAAGGGCACCUGCCAAGUGUUCAGGUGCUGCUCCUGGCUUGGCCCAACCAGGCAGCGGAAUGGGCGGAAAAGGCACAGCGCAGGGAGUGCUCAUGCCACACACUCAGAAUGAAGCGCUGCCUGCUUAUUUCUCAUCCAGUAACAGAUACGUUUCAGAAAAGAAACCGUAAGAUGCACAGAUUGGAGCGUCCAGGCUGACACCGUGAUUGCUACUCAGCAACACGGACUGAGGGAGGAACAAUUGACCCCAUUAAUAAAAACCUGGCAAGAGGUGGGGAGGUGAAGGAGGUGGGAGGGUUAAUGGGAUCAGCUCCUGAAAUAAACCGCAUGCUACAGGGAAAGUGUGUGCUGGGCCCCUUGGCAAAUCCCACCUGCUCCUUCCAGGAUGCGCUGCUGUGUGGCAGAUGUCAACCUUCCCAAGUCUAAGAAUAUUCACUCUAGUUCUGUGAGGAAAAGGAGAGAAGUAGUCCUCCUGAUCUGUGUUGUUUUAAACUUUGAAGUUUUCCACAGGGCUGGACCGAAAGGGAUCUGUCUGUCAAACCCUAAAACGACGUUGGUCUUUGAUUUUGUUAUGCAUUUAUUCUGUUCACUAUCACAAAAUCAUCUAUAUUUAUAGAGGAAUAGAAGUUUAUAUAUAUAUAAAAUACCAUAUUUUUAAUUUCACAAAUAAAAAAACAAAGUUUUGUACAAAACUAUAUGGUUUUUUGUGCCUGAAAAUAAGAGAGCUGGAACAGUCUUCACAUUGUAUAUAGUGUCUCAUGGCCAAUCCCAAGAUUGAAUUCAAGAUUUCCUUGAAAAUGUUUAUCUUCAGACCAGCCUUUCCAAAGAAUUUAUGUGUUUGCCUCAUUGCGGUUGUUAUUUCUAAAGUCCCACGGAGAGAUCUGUUUCCGUGAUAGUAGAAAAUAGAAAUUUGCUAAUUAUUUCUUUACUCAAAGAGGAUUAUUAAAAGAGAUCUCUAAUUUUAAUAAGAAUUUUUUUCUUUCAUGGAAUAAAUUUUCAUGACUUUAUAAUAUGGAGGUUUAUUUUUAAAUCAUUACUUUUGUCACAGUUUUUAUGAGGUAAUGUCUUAUCUCUUCCAUAAUCUUAGAUGCCACAAACUAUAAACAAGCAAUCAAUAAACUGUUAACUAUGUGUUUAUAAGCAUUUUAACCAGCAGUUGGGUUUGUAAGACUGUCGUGUGCUUCUGAAGCCCCCAUUUUCAUGGCGCUCAAGGAGCCUUCGCAGAGGAAUCACCUCAUUGGUUUGCUUUUAGAAUCCAUGUGUCUGUGCGCUUGUGUGCACAAAAGUGUACCCACACUGAUAAUUUUAAAGACAGAAAUGCAUAGUUGUAUAUCUCACGCUACGGAAAUUUGGCUAUGAGAAAUUCAAAAUGAUGGAGGGAAAAUCUUAAAUACCUUUACAGAUAAUAACUUUUGCCAUGAAAACAUUUUGUAAAAGGCAGUGGGCUAAAGUGAAGAGGAGUGAUUUAAGGCGACUGUGUCAUAAAUCAUCAUCCUUAUUUAUUUUAUGCAAAUGAAAAAGUAAAUAUUGUUGAAAAUAUAGCAUUUGAUUUUAAGUA